UUAUGCUUCCUUCUCGGCACAUGGGGUAUGAGCUAACAUGUCAUUCCUUCACCACAAAGUUGAAAGAAAAUAAAGAAUAAAGUCAGUACAUGGAUUAUUAGAAGCCAGUUUCAAACAUGAUAUCAUCAGUGGUAACUACAACAAGUCUACAACCCAGAGAAGUGGCAGCUCCGGGCAGUGACUUCACCCUUAACUGCUCUUUCCCUUCGUCUAAAAAUCUGAACCUCAUCCAACUGGUCAUCAACUGGCAGCGUGGAGAAUCAGAGGUGGUUCACAGCUAUUACCAUGGGAGAGAUCAGCUGGAAAGACAGAGUGGUGUUUACAAGGGACGUACUCAUCUGUUUGAAGACCAGCUCACUGUGGGAAAUGCCUCACUUAGACUGAGUGGUGUGCAGCCGAGUGACCAGGGCCAAUACACCUGUGACGUGACAGAUGAACAGGGAGGCACCCUGGAAAAGCUACAACUUCUAGUGGCAGCCCCUUAUGAUGAACCCAGGAUAUCCGCCCAAGCCACUUGUGAUGGCUUCAUUGUCACCCUCCAUGCCUCUCAGGGGUUUCCCCAGCCAGAGUUAGUGUGGAAAGGGGUGAUGGACAGUAACACCACUAUGGAAUUGGACAGCAGGGGGCACUAUGAGCUGAAGAGUGAGGUGACACUGUGGUUGAACAGCACUCUGACUGUUACAGCCGAGCUGAGACUGAGGGUUCUGGACCAGAGUUUCACCAAGUCUCUCACACUCCACCCACCACCAGUGUGCUGUGUGAUGCCUGCUGAGAAGAGGAGCAGAUUUUUUAUGUAUCCCCUGCUGCUUAUGCUGCUGGGAUUAGUGCUCCUGUUGUCCUGGAAGAGGUCUGAGCAGGAGACCAAAAAGGAUGAGAAAACACAAGAAUAGAAUGACCUUCAGUCCAUGGUCACUCAACAGGCAUCAUGCCAGAGCAAUUAUCAUUGCUUGUUUACAGAGAAUACAUAAAGGGAGGACAGCCUUGUUUACUAAAGUCCAUUUUCAUGGGAAGUCAUUUGGUAAAAUCUGAAUUGCACUAUACAACUUUAUACACAAAGUUCAACAUGAUAGAGUUGACACACUGUAUUGUCAAACAAUACAGUUGACACACUCACUAAAGAUAGACAAUGGGAGUUGCAUACCACACCACUAGAUGGUCAUAUGUACCUCUAUUCCUAAUCUACUUCCUCUUAAGGUUUCUUCCAUGUAGCGAGUUUUUGCUUACUGCUACUUGCUCAGGGAUUUAGCCCAGGUUACUAUAUAAAUCACCUUUUACAUCUGCAGAUGUCUUACUCGGCUUUAUAAAUUACAUGUAUAUAUUAUUAUUAUUUAUUAUUAUAUUGAUUGAAAUUAUGGCAGCUAUAGUGUCUAAUGAAAGUUGUUAAAUGUGUGUUCCAGUCAGUGUAUCAUACUUUCCAGAAUUUGUUAUUUUGUAAUAAAAGGAGAUGAAACCCCAA